AUGCCGGGCAAGCAGUGGGGCAAGCUCAAGGAGGAGGUGGGGGCGAAGCUUCAGGGUCGUAACGUCGUCUUCUGCGAGCGCACCCGUGCGGUCUGGUUGGAUGACGCGAAGGUGGGCAGGCUGAUGGCGGGCGAGUUCCUGUGGGAGGUGCCGGCGGCGUCGCCGGUCAAGGAGCUCCUGGGCGACACGGUUGCCCGGGCGCUUCAGCAGCGAGGCCUUUCCCACGCGCUUGCCCUGGCCUGCGCUUUAAACAUCGAGGGCAAGGGGGGCACGGAUGCAGACAUUAAUUCAAUUUUGGGGCUCCUGGAGCUGAAAUCCUGGGGGCUCAUCGCCCUUCUGGAGGUCGACCACCGCCGGCGUUGCGAUCCCAGCGACGGCACCCUCCGGGAGUUUGAAGGUGGUCACGCGCGCGUGCGCUACUACCCAGGCGAGGGUUCGUGGGCUUUUGCUCUUUUAAUUCACAAGCAUGCAAGGGCACGAUUGAAGGACGUGGAGUGCGGGGAUCGGUCUAUUCGCGUGGACCUUUUUCACACUUCGCCUGAUAGUAAACAAGUUUCUCUGAAGUCUGUUAUUUUCAGCCAUUUGGCGCGCGGCGCCGCUUUUGAAGACAGCUUGGCCGAUGCUCAGGGCCUCGCGCGCCGGAGGCCGCGCAACUCGUCUUUGUUCUGGCUGGGCGAUGUGAAUGCGGAUUCCAAGAAGCCCUGGCAGGAGACAUGGUCCCUGUACACGGGUGCGCUUCGAGGUUUGGGUCUCCAGUGGGCCCCGCCCCGCUAUUUCGAGGCGGACCCAGCGUUGCAUUGCGCUCGCAGAGCCUGCCAUGAGCCCCUGUGGGUCAAGGCCAUCAGGAGAAGAUUGAGAACAUGUCUCGACGAAGUCCGCCGCGUCGAGAUAGGCAAGGACCUCCUGAGGGCCCUGAAGAUCACCCGGAAAUCUUCGGAGAAGCAGGCUUUGGCCAUCAAGUGUCUCAGAGGGGAGAAAGUUUGGGUGUCUCGCAAGCCUCUCCCAGCAGUCAGGGGUUUCAUCCAGGCUGGCGCCGUCGUGUACGAUCCCUCCGUUUGCGCUGCCCUGGUCGAUGCCGAGUUCCGCAAAAGGUGGGGCGUCCCUCCAGCGGAAUGGGACGAGGAGAAUGCUGCAGUCCGCCAGCUUGCCACUUCGAGGGUCCCGCGUCUCCGGGUGCAGCCUGGAGUACUUGACAUGGCAGUGGAUCGCAUCAAGAACUCUGAUAAAAUCGACAAGCACGGAGCCUGCGUGGCCGCACUGCGGAUGGCGGGCUGGGUCCGGAGGACCAGGGACGUAGUGGAGGAAGCUUUGAAUAGUGACGUGUUCUGGCAGAGCGUCGUCCUGACCGGCACGAUCGGAAAUAAGGAGAAAGACAUCUCGGGGCCGGAGGCCACGAGAGUCGUCAUCCCCCAGUCUAUGCUUGCGCAGCUGUGUCAUGCAUACGUUGCGGAGAUCCUGGAGCCGUACCUGGAAUCGUUCGCGGCCUCGCACUCCUUGUCGGGGCUCGUUUUGGGCCUUGGUAAAGGCGGGCAGGUGCAGGAUCUUUUCACCGCGGCGUCGCAGGUUCUGGAGGUCGGAAGAGAUAGGUUCAACGAGGCUGCAGUGGCCAUUGCGGACGUAAAGACUCACCAGGACCAGAUUCGGUACAGUUGCGUCUUCAGGAGUCUGUUCGCUCGAGAUGUUCCUCGGGAGCUUGCUGCUGCUGCGAUUCGCCUGCACAGAGCCCCGGCCAUUCAAAUCGACAUUAUGGGCACGACGACGCAGGAGAUUAGGAGGUCGAGGGGGUUGCACAUGGGUGCGCUCACUGCGGGUAUGCUGGCCCGUCUGACCAUCGAGGACGCUUUCGUCGCGUGCAUGGACAGGCUGAGCCAGGCCGAGGUGGGUUUCAUGUUGGGCAGUCACCAGCUUCUCUUUUCCGCGUGGAGUGACAACCUUUUCAGUUUCGCGCCCACCGUGGGCAAGGCAGCUGAGAUCAUGACGGCGGUAGAGAAGGCCCUUUGGAGCAAGCACCGCCUGUUCGUGAAGCCAGACAGCCGGGAAAUGGUCACAGCGAGCCACGUCACUUUCGAGAGCUACGAUUUCCGGGACAGUCGUGGGCGCCGCUGGAAGGUGCAGCCGGCUGUGAACAUCUUAGGGCCAUUGAUCUCGUGCACGGGCUGCUGCGCGGAAUACGUAAAGGCCACAACUCAAAAGAUUUACGCUUGCUUCUGGAAGAACAGCCGCUUCUUGACCAACAGCGGCAUCCCCAUCCGUAAAAGGCUACAGAAACUCAGCGGUGUUGCUGGAGGCAUCAUCAGAGCCAGGGCUGCGUCGUGGCCCCCGUGCCAGGCCACGGAGACUUUUUUGGAUAGAAGGCAGUCAAAGCUUUUAGCGUGGAUGCUCCGGCUGCGCUGUAAGCCGAACGAGACUCCACAGCAGUUUUGCCUGCGCAGAAACCGCGCGGUCAAACAGCUGGCGGCCACGAAGUGGUCGAAGUUUCAUCUGUACUCGUGUUUGUCCUGGCACUCACACCUCCAGAGGCACCCAGACAGCUGGGCAGCCAGAGCGGCCAGUGAGCAGGACCACGACUGGCAGGUCUUCUAA